AGAUACAUCAUAAAAAUACUUCCACAUAAUUUCGGAAAACCCCAACAUGCACCACAUAUCGAUAUCACCGUUCUCUAGGGCUAAAGUUGCCCUCCCCUGAUGUAAACAAAGCUCCGCCAGUCAAUCUUGGAACGAGCGUCUUUUCUCGCAAUACAACAACGCAAUCCCUUGUUCCAGCCACUGCCGUUGCACGAUGGUUUGUGAAAAGUGUGAAAAGAAACUGGGCAAGGUAAUCACUCCCGAUCCAUGGAAGGCGGGUGCCAGAAACACCACCGAGGGCGGUGGUAGGAAAAUCAACGAAAAUAAGGCACUCUCAAGCGCGAAGGCACGGUACAAUCCGAUGGCAGGAAACUUUGCACCUUGUCGAAUAUGUAAGCAGAAAAUUCACCAAGCCGGAUCACAUUACUGCCAGCAGUGUGCGUACAAGAAGGGCAUCUGUGCGAUGUGCGGCAAAAAGUUGCUGGAUGUGAAAAACUACCGACAAUCUUCAACGUAGGACACAAUGCGCACGCACACACGCGUUAGGAUAAUUGUUUUAACCGCUAACGAGAGCAAAUAUCGGAUGAAAGAACGGCAUUCAGUACAGCACAGAGACUCUAUUUGUAUAUUUAUGACUCACUUUACUCUUGGCAGUUUGAAAUGCAAUCUGUUUUUUUUAACGA